AUGAAGUCGGCCAACACGCAAGAUGUUACUGAGCACAACGCAGGCUCCUCUCCCUUUCAGAUCGACCGAGUUGAGGAGGCGAAAGUUGUAAAGAAGAUCGAUCUUGCGAUUACCCCUAUUUUGUUUGUUGUCUAUCUUUCAUGCUUCAUUGACAGAUCAAACAUUGGCAAUGUAAAAGUUGCAGGUCUUCUUGAUGACAUUGGCGCAACAGAGCAACAAUUUUCGACUGCCGUAUCCCUCUUCUUCGUCAUCUACGUCCCGGUUGAGGUCCCCGCUGUCAUCCUCGUCAAGCGCUUCGAACCAAGAUUCGUCUUGACCAUCCUUUGUAUCGUCUGGUCGGUCACCAAAAUUGCUAAUGGCCUGAUAAAGAACAUUGGUGGACUAUACGCCUGUCGGCUCGUCCUCGGGGCCUGCGAAGGAGGCUUGUUUCUUUCCCUCAACAUGUACCUUACGAUGGUUUACAAACAAGACGAGCUAGCGAAGCGCACAUCUUAUCUUGUCUCAUGCACGGCACUAUCUGGCGCUUUUAGUGGGCUCCUUGCCUAUGGCUUGCUACAAAUGGAUGGCGUUGGAGGGUAUGCAGGCUGGAGAUGGGUUUACAUCGUCGAAGGAGCUUUCAGCAUUCUUUGCGCGUUUGCAGUGUGGUUUGGUCUUCCCAGUGACAUACGAAAGGCGUAUUUUCUCAAUGAAAACGAACGUCAACUAAUGGAAGUUCGUCAUCAGGAGCGUUUGGACUACAUGGGAAGCGAGGAGCUUGAUUGGCAGGAGAUCAAACUUGCGUUCUUGGACGCAAAGACUUGGCUAUCUGCUUGGACCCAGUUCUGCCAAAACAUUCUCACCAAUGGCUUUGGAACAUAUUUGCCCUCAAUCCUGCGAGCCAUGGGACAUGGCACACUGGCGGCGAAUUACUUGACUAUUCCAGUCUACUGUCUAGGAGCUUUGGCCUUCUUCGCCUUCGCUUUCAUAUCUGACAAGUAUGGGAAAUGCGGUUUCUUUUUGUUCGGCACGAACAUCCUGGGUGCCGUCGGCUACGCGAUUCUUAUCGGUGUCAGUAAUAACGCCGUGAAGUACUUCGCCUGCUUCGUAUGCACUAUUGCUGUUUACAAUGGAACUGGCCUCAACCUUGCCUGGCUCAAUGUCAAUAUGGCCCCGCAGUAUCGACGAGCCACUGCCAUCGGCAUCCAGCAGACUAUCGGAAACUCGGCCGGAGCGGUUGCGGGACAGAUAUACAGGAGCUCCCCAUACUUGCUCGGCAAUAGCUUCUCUCUGGGCGCCAUCUUUGUUGCGGAGUGUCUGGUUAUGAUUCAUUGGUUCUACCUGAGAAAACUGGAAAAGGAGAAGAAAAAUUAG